AUGCAUGAACGUUCAGGCAAAAAAUCAACAUUGUCGGAUUAUGAGCUCCAGCUAGCCAAAGCGGAAAUGAUGAUGAACAAACUGGAAAAGUUGGAAAUUGAGUCUUAUGGAGAAUUAGUAAAAUGGGGCAUUUUGGGAAAAAAGCUAAAUGUGGAUGUUCACUGGAAAAUCAUCAAAGAAAUGUAG